CCUUUGUAUCAUUGUUAAUCCUUGUCCUCUCUUUUCAGAGACGAGACAUUAAGUUGAAACUGCAUGAAAACCUUUCCUGAGCCACAGGGCUGGGCAGCUUUUCCCUCUUUGCAAAUCCAAAGGAUUUAGCAGGAUUUCCCCCUUCUCAAACGCCGCCCCCCUCCUCUGACCUUCACGGCUUCCCAACAUUAGGGAAAGGCAGGAAGUUUUCCCUGUGGUUAUUUUUUUGUGACGACAUGAUGGGGCAGGUUGAUCAAUGGGGGAAAACCCACGUUAGAACACGCCUUCUGUGUACAUUCCCAAUAUUUGCUAUAAGUAGGGCCAUCCCAGACCCAGGCUGCUACCAGAACCCAGCAGCACUCCUAGCACACUGGGUACCCAGCACUGGGCAGAUCUAUUCCCUGAGCUGAAAAUGAUGGACAGCGGCAAGAAUUUGCUCUUGGCUGCUUUGAUGUCAGUUCUGCUACUCCACCUGUGCAGCAAGUCAGAAGCAGCAAGCAGCUUUGACUGCUGCCUUCGGUAUACAGAACGCAUCCUUCAUCCCAGAUUUAUCGUGGGCUUCACGCAGCAGCUGUCCAAUGAAGCUUGUGAUAUCAAUGCAAUCAUCUUUUACACAAAGAAAAAAUUCGCUGUGUGCGCAGAUCCAAAGAAGAACUGGGUGAAACAGGCUGUGCAUAUCCUCAGCCAAAGAGUCAAGAAGAUGUAAAAACUGAUGCUCUCUGCGAAGGAAUUGGACAGAGCCCAAGAACAAAAGAAUCUAGCUGGAGUUGGCAGUUGAGAGUUUAGCACUUACCUGAUUGGUGCCUCCUUGGACUUGUCCAAUUGAUGAAGUUGAUACAUAUUGCAUCAUAGUUUGCUUUGUUAAGCAUCACGUUAGAGUCAAACUCUAUUUUAUGUUAUUUAUAUCUAUGUUUUUUUUUGUGUGUGUUGCUAUUUAAUACUAAUUUCCUAUAAGCUAUUUGGUUUAGUAUGAAUGUGUAGAGGAAUGAGGUUAUAUAGCCUUUCUUGUAAGCUGCAAGCUAUUUGUAAAAAAAACCUAUUUAACAUUCUUCUGUCUACAUAGUUUUGUUCCUUAAACUGUUGUAAUUAACCUGUAA